GCCUCCGAAAAAGGUAUCAUGAACAAAGACACGAGGACGUGGAAUUUCAUCAUCCGCAGGGACAAAGCAGUCAUGAUCGAUUUUGCUAUCUGCGACUUCCGCCGACCAUUUAAAGAUGAGGAAGAAUGGCGGUGCAGUAAAGCUAACCGGGAUGAAAAGGGGGCUGUGGGUUGUGUCAUGGAAAGGUAUUUGAACAAGGAUGGGUUUGCUUAUAAGAGGUCUGAGAUGUAUGAGAAGUUGGAUCAGGAUUUUAUGAUGGAGACUGAGGAUUUGAAGGCGUUGACUGUUUCGUAGCUAUUUACCUCUACA